UUGCGCACAGCUAAUAGAUAAAUUUGUCACGAAAUAUGGCGGUUGCAGGUAGUAGUAAAAAAGCUAUUGCACUGUUGCUCGGACAGUGUGUUCCAAGCUUGAAGAAGGGCGUACCAAAAAUUCGGAUACGUCAUCUGGAACUUGACGAAAAUCUGCUGAUGUACUUCGGAAAAGACACAUAUGUAUAUGCUAAUGAUCCGAAAAAUAUCUGUCAGCCUGGAGACCACGUACUCCUAAAGCAACUACCCAAAAAAUUGACUCGCCUGAUUGCGCACGAGAUCCUGGAGGUCGUCUAUCCAUACGGCGAUGUUACAGAUCCUGUAACUGGCAAGAAAGUAGUCGUAGGACAAUAUAGGGAUGCUAUCAAGGCACAGAACAAGCUAUAUGGGGAAGUAAAUUCGGCGUUUGAUUACGAUAAAGCUCCCCCCAGGGGUAGUCAAAAAGAGAAACGUGAUUUCAGUUUUCAUGAAACAUACGUCAAGUACCACGAAGAUCCCGAUGACCCACAACCAUAUGCGGUAUAAACCUAGAUUGUAUAAAUUUUCGCCUGUUAGCAUUCAAUAAACGAGUAACCUUAA